GCUUUAAGAACAGCAGUUAUCUAGCUGGUGCCAAAUCGCUAGGGCACACUCGUUCUAUGCCCUGCUGUGGUGUAUCUGAUGGAAAUGGCACUUUCUUUCUUUUCUUUUCUUUUUUUUUUUUUUUGAGAGUAUACAGAUUUAAUCAUUUUGUCUCCUAUUGAGAGUAAUCAUUUGUGUUCAAUGGCUUUUCAGGAAAUCCUGGAUCAAGUUGGCAGCCUGGGAAGAUUCCAGAUCCUUCAGUUGGCUUUCCUUACAGUCUUCUGCAGCAUAACAUUCUGUCAUCUCACAUUGGAGAACUUCACGGCAGCCGUGCCUGAGCACCGCUGCUGGGUGCGCAUCCUCGACAAUGACACGCUCUCUGACAAUGGCACUGGGCUCCUCAGCCAGGAGGACCUCCUGAGAAUCUCCAUCCCACUCGACUCCAACCUCAGGCCAGAGAAGUGCCGGCGCUUUGUCCAUCCCCAAUGGCAGCUCCUCCACCUGAACAGCACCUUCUGGAACCUGAGUGAGGCAGAAACAGAGCCCUGUGUGGACGGCUGGGUGUAUGACCACAGCUCCUUCGUCUCCACCAUCGUGACCAAGUGGGGCCUGGUGUGUGACUCUCAGUCUCUGAAUUCAAUAAGUAAAUUCUUAACGCUGACCGGGACGUUGAUGGGAAACUUAAUGUAUGGCCAUUUAACAGACAGGUUUGGAAGGAGGCUAAUUAUCAUCAGCUGUUUGCUGAAGCUGGCCGUUGCUGACACAUGCGCAGCCUUUGCUCCCACCUUCCUCCUUUACUGUGUCCUGCGCUUCCUGGCUGGUAUGUCCACCACAGGCAUCCUGACGAACAGCUCCAUGCUCCUUGUAGAAUGGACAAGACCCAAAUUCCAAGCCAUGAUGGUGACCCUUUCAUUCUGUUCUGCUGGUUUAGCACAAAUAUUAUUGGGAAGCCUGGCUUAUUUUGUUCAAAAUUGGCAGAUCCUUCAGCUGGUGCUGUCUAUACCCAUCUUUUUCUUACUUCUAUUCACAAGGUGUCUGACCGAGUCUGCUCGGUGGCUGAUUAUCACCAACAAACCCCAGGAAGCCUUAAAGGAGCUGUGGAGAGCUGCCCGCAUAAAUGGAAUGAAGAAUUAUAGAGAAACACUAACCAUGGAGGUGGUGAGAGCCACCAUGAAGGAGGAGCUAGAGGUGGCAAAGAAAAAAGCUUCUCUGCGCGACCUGCUCCAUGCUCCUGCCCUGCGUAAGCGGAUCUGUCUCUUGGCCUUUGUGAGAUUUACAACUUGGACAUGCACUUUCGGUCUACUACUCAACCUCCAGCACCUGAGUAGUAAUAUUUUUCUGCUUCAGAUUCUCCUUGGUGUCCUGUUCUUUCCAGCCAAUUGUGCAUCAUUAGUUGCGCUGAAUCACCUGGGCCGCCAAAUAGGUCAAUUCCUUUUCAUGUCCUUGAUGGGCAUCUCCAUUCUGGCCACCAUCUUUGUGCCUCAGGAAAUGCAGACCCUCCGCCUGGUUCUGUCAACGAUGGGAGGAGGACUAGUGUUUGCUUCUGUUAAUGCGUCUCUUGCCCAUGCAAAUGAACUGAUCCCCACCAUAAUCAGGGCCACAGCUCUAGGAUUCAUUGGAAUUGCUGGUAGCAUUGGGUCCUCGCUGUCUCCCCUGUUGAUGAUUCUCGUGGUUUAUUUUGCACCCUUGCCCUGGAUCAUCUAUGGAGGCUUGUCUAUUCUUGGUAGCCUUACGGUCUUCCUCCUUCCUGAAACCAGGAACCAGCCUCUGCCUGACUCCAUCCAAGAUGUGGAAAAUGAGAACAAAGCUUCGAGACAAGCAAAGCAAGAAGAUAGUUUCAUCAAAGUAACACAAUUUUAAGGAAUUCCAGUAACUGACCUCUACUGAAAGAACAGCAUAAAGAAAACAAUAUCAGGAUCA